AUGAGCCUUCAAACUGUCUUCCUCACGCUCUUAGUUUGUUUUCAAAUUUCCUCAUUUCUCUCCCCUCAUCCGAACUCCGCUAAGAAGUCGGGCUGCUUCAAAAUCAACAACUGCAAGUGUAUCAUGAAGGAUGGGAGCGGGGUGAUAAACCUGAAUGCUAUGGGAGAUGCCGAGGGUUUCCUGGGGCAUUUGAAGCCUGUGUCAGCAGAGAACAUGCCAGUAGGUGCAGAAAUCCUCCUGUCCUUCAGCCCCUGCCAGCCCUUCUCCCAGCCAGAGGACCUGACAGGAGCCGACUGUACCAACGUGGCUGCAUGUCUCAUAGUCAGGCUCAACAGCUACAUUAGCCGCUAUAUCACUUAUGGAAGACAUGACGGGAAUGAAUUCCACUACAAUGACACCCUGAAGAUGCUGUCUGUCUCAUACUUUGUUCAUGCGGGGCAGCCGCUGACAGUAGUGCAUUACCACUGCAAUCCAAACCAGUCCACUUCUUUGAUCCGGGACCAGAAACUCCGCACUGGGGAACCCUUGCAGAUCUGGGUGGAGAGCCACUGUGCCUGUCCAAAUGCCUGUGCCAUGGGAGAUCUGGGUCUAGGCACCAUCUUCCUCAUCAUCCUCUCCCUCAGUGCAGCUGCAUACUUCAUCCUUGGGUCCUGUGCUCUCAGGCCUUUUCAGAGCAGCAGUGGAGUCCAGAUCUCUCCAGAGCACAGUGUGUGGUGUAUGAUCUGCUACCUCUGUACUGAGAGUAGGCCUGCAAGAAGACACUACACAGAGACAGCACACUGAAUGAUAAGCAGCUGCCCGUCCCUGGGGCACUGCAAGGUGUCUCAACGUGUCCCAGGUUCUGACCUGAAGGUGUCAUCAUGUCCCAUGGGGGGGGGGGGCCAAGAGUCAGCAUGGUUUUGUUUUUGCAAUUUGCUCAAAGGGACGGGCUUGCGCUCUAUAAACUUGUACACUGCAUUGUGUGGACUUAAUCAGUACAUGAUACAUUUCUUUUGGUUAGGUUGUUUUGCUUAAAAUCCCAUGUUUUGUGUAUAUUCAAUACAUUUUGAAAAAAUGAAGGUAUUAAUUACACAUUAUGCAAAAAAGGCAUUUGACAAACACAAUAGUAAUUGAAAAUGUAAAAAUCUUACAAAUUGACCUUUUCAUCAGAUCUGUUUUUAUUUGCUAAUAAGGAAACUUACUUUGACUACUGAUUAUGUUUUUUUCAUUAUUACACUGUAACACAAAAAUGUAUAUGCUCAUGGCUAAUACAAAUGGCUUCAUUGUAAGCAUUACAAAUAUACCUGAAAUUAGUAAAGAAAUACACAUCCAAACUGACUAAAAGCUCUGGUUAAAAAACUACAACUUACAUAUUCUUACUAAUGCACUCUUGUAUGGUGUAGUUUCUAUUUUGGGCAGACUCAACCAGUAUGUAAAUAUGUGUGGGGCCUCCAUUUAUCCAGCUGCACACAAACAAAUUGGCUCAAAUUGUUAUCUGUCAGGGCUGCACAAUUAAUCGCACUUUUAUUUAAAUCGCAAUAUGCAAUGACAAAUUGCAGGGCCGUGGGUGGAGGUUGGGGUGCAUUAUUUGUUAAAGGCAAAACAUGCGUCCACCAUUCUAAAUGAAGUACUGUGGUGCUGCAGACAUGUCCCGGCCUACGCACAGUAUCCUACUGACUGAAGAAAAAUAAAUCUUUGUUUAGUACAGAUCCUUGCAUAAAUCAUGCUAUAAUCAUUUUUACUUUUUUAAUUUGAAUACUUCCAAUGAAAAUUAGAAUUAUGAAAUGAUAAAUGAUCAUUUGUUCCAUUAUCGCGAAUCAUAUUGCCAUUGCAGCAUCAGUCAAAAUAAUUGCAUUUAGAUAUUUUCCUUAUAUCGUGGAGCCCUUUUAUCUCUUAUCAGUUCUGAGAUUUGUUGUCCUUUGUAAAAGUAUAAAGGACAGAAUAUAUGAUAUAAUAAUUAUAACUUUUAUUUGUAUAGGACUUAUAAAAACAGCGUACAAAGUGCUUUAACAGAAGAAACAAAAGAAGAAACAAAACAUAAAUAUAAACAGCACAUCAGUACACAUACCCAUGCAUACACAUUAAAAUAUGGGACAGCUCUAAAGGUACAUUAAAACAUAUACUGUACAUAAAAAAGGAAAUUCACAAAUAGAUUGAAGAUAAGUACAAAUAGC